CCCUGUGCGUCAUGACGUUAAACCGGGAGCAUUCAUUUGACGGUCGGUUCGUUUAUGUCGGUCAAUUCCGCUGCUUCUUGUCGAAUAACUUUAAGUGUAUUUCCUCUUUGAACGCGUGUUUGUGAGUCUCGUCCUCCACAUUUACCGGUAACGUUAUAAGCCGGUUAAAGCUCCGUGAUGUCCUGCACGCGGCUGCUCAGACUGCGGGUCAACGAGCGACUGGAAGCGGCCGUGGAGGAGAUCUUUGGACUCGUUGAGAAGACGAUAGAGGAGUACGAGGAAGGAGCUGUCCGCUCCAAGAGAGAAAUCCUCCAGCUGAAGGAGCAGAUCGAGCAGCUGACCGUUUUAAAACCCGAAGUCGUUUUACUCCGAGCAGACACCCAGCUGGUCUCAAAGAAACGGCCUCCUUCGUUGCAGCAAUAUGAAAUUAAGGUGGAAGAGAUUCCCGUUCUGGAUGAAAUGAAGAUCCAGGAGCACGUACGGGUCAAAGAGGAGCCGGUGGAGAAGUGCACGAGUCCAGACAUGGAGGCUGAUACUUCCAACAAUGUGGAAGUCAAGAAAGAAAUCAACCAUCUGAAGCAGCACAUCGAGCUGCUGGCCGUUUUAAAAGCUGAAGUAACAGCAUUCAAAACAGACACAGAGGAGAUUUUUCCUUCACAGCAGCCAGACUGUCUUAACAAUGUGGAGGAAAUCAAGACCCAGAUCAAAGAGGAGCAGGUGGAGAGGUGCAUCAGUCCAGACACGGAGGCUGAUACUUCCAACGAGGAUGGAGUCGGACAUCCUGACUCAGAACCAGACACUAACUAUGAGCUGUUCCCGCCUUCCACGGCUGAGACUGUGAGCGUGAACGAAAGAGAUGGUACAUUUUCGGCCCGUCGGAGUCGCAGAGUCCAAGUCUUUGUGGGACUGGAGCAGCCUGGGAGGGAAGACAAGUCUUGCCGUUUUUGUGGUGCAAGUUUUGUGAAGGACUCUUUUCUUAUCAGACACGUAGCCAAGAGUCACAAAGGACACAAAGCCUUCAAAUGCCUGGAGUGCAAGAAGGAGUUUGAACAAAGGUACGUUCUAGUUCAGCAUGCGAGGGUUCACACGGGGGAGAAGCCCUUCACGUGUGAUUUCUGUGACAAAACAUUCACUCAGAACUGCAAUCGUCUCGCUCACAUGAGACGGCACACCGGAGAGGAACCGUAUCUUUGUAGGAAAUGUGGAAAGAGAUUUCCCAGUCACAGUCAUUUAUUGUUGUGCGUAGGAACACAAAGGAAAGGCAACGCACAACACGUGGCAGAGCUGUGGAGCUGAAGCUGAGGGAGAGAAACAUGCAUCCCAGGAUUUAGGAAUGUUUCAGCUACAGUCUCUCACAAAAGAAAUGCGUUUUUUCAAUUUUGUAGAUUUUUAUUUUUGCUGGAUAAGAAACUAUAUUCAUCAGUUGAAAUAUUGGACUGUUUCAGUUAUGAUUUUUACUGUUUCAUCUGGAGUGUUUUUGUUUUUUUCAUAUUUGGAGAAGCAAAUAAACUGUUUGGCUUUAACAUCGUUGUAGUUGCAGAUGAUUGAGUUUGUCUUCAGAAGUUAGAUGUGAAUGUAAUGUGUGUUUAUCU